GGCGCCGGAGGAGUCACAGAUCAGAGGAGCCGGCAGCCAACAGCACACCCGCAGCCACUGCCGGUGCCGCCAUGAGGGCUGUGCUCUGGGAUCUGCUGCUGCUCUGCCUCUUCGCCCGGGCACGGGGCGACUGCCGAGGGGACUGUCUGCGCUGCGACCACCUCCUCUACCGGGACAGCUUCGACGUCCUCAUCUGCAUCCUGGAGUGCGAAGGUGAAGCCGUGCCGCGGGCCACCUGGGAGCUGUGUGCCUCCGCUGCCAGCCGAGCUGCCCCACGGCCCCGUGACCUCCAGGAUGCUGGUGAUCCCUGGCACGACGCAGCGGCGGUGCCGGUGAUGCCGCUGCAGGUAAGCGAGCUGCUGCGGCGCCGGGAAACGGAAGAAGAAGGUGUCGAAGCAGCACCGGACGCUUUCCCGCCGCCACCCGAGGACAUUUCCCGACGGCUCGGCGGUUUCCCAAGAGGGACGCGUGGUUCGUGGCCGGCGCCGACGGCUAAGGGGGUGCAGAAGAGAUACGGGGGCUUCAUCGGGGUCCGCAAGUCGGCGAGGAAGUGGAACAACCAGAAGAGGUUUAGCGAGUUCCUGAAGCAGUACCUGGGCAUGUCACCCCGCUCCACGUUCCGGCACCGCAUCCCAGCACCUUCCGCCAGGCACAGGCAAAAUUAACCCUGCUCCUGUCCACCCCAGCAGCCUCCAUCCUCUCUCUGACGGACCCCAAAGCGCUUCAGACUCGCACGCGUUCAGAAAUCAUUUUGCUCUUCACUCACUAAGCCAGAUUUAAAACCAGGAUCCGAGGAAUUUCGGCCUCCACCGUCGACGGGAGCGAGAUCGCAGGGAGGGGUGGGAGAGGACAGCGGGAGAGUGAGUGGAAAUUUGAAAAAAAUAAGGGAAAAAAAGGGGGAUUUAUGCAAAAAAUGAUUGGAAUUUGGGGGGGUUUCUUUGGGUUGGCCACUGUGAAUGAGCCACCUUGGAUCCAGUGGAAAAUCAGCCCCCACUCCACAUUCCCAGUGCCUUCCCUGUCCACACUCGGCAUCCCUUGGCUGGGGCUUUCGGCUUCCCAUGGGAUUGAUUUCCAACUUUUCGGAUGGGGGAUGUCAAGGGGCCACGUGCUCUCGUGGCUCCAUUCCUGCGUGCCCGACCUCCUGGCUGCCACAGCGGGGACCUCUCCCACCCCAGCGCCCAGAAACCACCUGGAAAUGUUGAAGUUUUUAAUUUAUUUCCCUUUUUUUUUUUUUUAAGUUUUUUUGUUCCUUUUCUUUUUUAAGUGCUUUCCUCCAAGUUUUGUAAAGCCUCCAGGGUUGACUUCUUUGUUCAGCAACACAAACCACGCGCGUGUUUCCGUCGCGUUUCCCCCCCCCGUCCUGGCAUGCAUCGCCUCCCAGUCCCCGCGCCGGGAUGCGGUUUUCUUUCUGUGUCGCUCCCAGGAGGAGAAUCGGAACCAGUUGAUUCUCCUGCGUAAUUUGCUACCAAAAAAAAAGCAGAUCCUGGGAGCAACUUCACCCGGGUCUCACCCGCAGUGCUGACCUUCGCUGUUUGUAAAGAAAAUUAAUACAAGAACCCCUGUGGAAAAAAAAAAAAAUAGGAUAAAGAUAAGAAUUCCAAAAUCUUGUUCUUUUUAAUUGUUUCAUACAAAGAUUUCUCCAUUAAACUUGUACAUA